UGAGCCCUAGAGCCCCCUGGCCGCGUGGCUGUGCAAUGACCGUCCAGGUUAGCUUGCUGGAUUUCCCUUGGGUGUUGGACUAUAUCCUGGCCACCCGCUUCAACUGCUCGCUGCGGCAGAUCCGUCAUGCCGUCUGCAGCAUUGUUCUAACUCUGAGGACAAUCCUCUCCGCAGCUGUGGAGUUGGGUCUUCUGGUUUCCCAAGAUGCAGACAUUGAUGGAUCCCUCUCUGCCAAGCCUUUCAUUGACAACAUGAUUCAUGUGAUCAGUGAGUGCUUGAAAAAUUUCCCUCUGUGCCUUGACUCCGAGUUCUUCCACUGCUUUCUGGAGCCGUUGCCGAGCCAUUUGAGAUUUCUUUGUGGAAACUUCCACCCCUUGACGCAUAUGCAGUUUGAGGACUCGUCAAAACAGAAAGCGUUUGAAGCCCAAACGAAGGCGAUAACGCAAGCACUCUCGGAGCUUCCAUCGCAGUGCUCCAAUCUAGAGCUCUACAUGAGCUCUCAAGAGCCUGUGCUGAAACAGAUCCAGCUCAUCAAGGAGCACCUUCGCGCACCUCUUUGGAUGCUGAUGCAUGACUUCCGAAGUCUACAAGGCGAGGAGAAACUUCUCGUUGAGGAUGUUCGGCAAGCUGUGAGAGCGACAGCGGAACUGCAGGCAAGAGAGACAGGCGAGUUACCCAAAUGGCCGCAAGUGCUUGGUGACACCCUGUUGCUGCUGUUGCCUUUGUGGAAACUGUCAGCUCUGGCAGUGGCCAAGGGUCAGGAAUCGUUGACUCACUUCGUUGCCGGGCCUCCACUCGGUGCCAAUUUGGGAGCACAACGUUUGCUCCGGCGCCUCAUUGAAGUCCUGCUGAGUGAGAAGGCAGAUUUCAUGGACAUCGCCCUGUGGUUUGCAGCGGAGCCAUCCUCAGCAGCACUCCUGACCAGCGGGGAAGCAGUUCGGUUCCUUUUGCCGGAGGCUGCGAAUGACGACGAGUUCGUCGGUUUCCGGCAAGAGGGCUUGCUUCGGACGCAGGAAAAUCUGUCAUACUUGCAAGGCCACCUCCUAAGGCUGCCGAAGCAGCUGCGAGUGCAUGUUUCGUCCUACUGGCGGAAAGCGGUGGAAGAGGUUCAUUUGUACUUGCAGCUCUACUUGAGAGUCAUUGAGGCUUUCCUGGAGGUUCAAAAAGAGGUUCACAGCUUCGUUCAGAACCAGCUUUUCAUUGAGGUCCUGCUUGGCCUGCCUUUGCUCACCUGGCUGUCUACUGAUGGGCUCUCGCUCCGUCAAGGGCUUCGUGCGUAGCUGUGAGAUGCGACUCGAACAUGCCGUUUCUUG